AUGGGCGUCACAAAAUUCACUAUUGAACGGGGUAGUGGCGAUUUCCCUACUAAGAACGACAAGGUCAGGGCCAAAUCUUCGUGCUAUCUUUACGAUGACAAAAAUCGGGCGGACGAUUUUAAAGGAAAGGAGGUUAUCCUCCCAGGAGACUCAGGCUUUUACGAAUUUUGUAUUGGGGAUGGAACGAUAAUUUCCGGGCUUGAUGAGGGAGUUUCGUGUAUGAAACUCGGUGAGCUAUGCGACUUGAUUGUCUCUAGUGACCGCGCAUACGGUGAAAUGGGAUUUCCCGGGUCAAUACCGCCAAACUCGGAUAUACUUUUCCUUGUCCGCAUAGAGAGCAUCACUCGGCCCGAUCCCGAGAGGAUAUAUGGCUGCACUUUCAAAGAUUGCAUUCGCCUGUUUGGAGGUGAUUAUCAGGGUCGAUUUUGGUGUGGUUUCUGCAGAAAGACCUGUCCCGUGGCGGAAGAGGGGUUUGAAGCAAUGGAAAAGAGACACGAGCAUGUCGGCGGCCACUUCAAGGAUGGGCAGAGUAUCACUGAGUGGGUGGAUGCUGGAGGUCGCGAGCCAAACUGGGCCGGCACCCCUAAUAGAGUACUCGAAGUCGUCGGCCUUCCCACGCCUGAGUGUGCGAUUCUCCAAAAUGGGUUGAUUUCUCGGGCCCGAGCCAUUAGCCACACCUCUUAG